AUGAAAGAAGAACCCCACAUUGCCGUCCAGACAACGGACACGAAUAAGGGUUCAGAAGCCGAAGCUUUUCUCGGUGGAAAGUGCGGCCAGCGUUUAAUAACCCACAUCAUCGAUGAGACAGCUUGUCAAACUCCUGACCUCGAAUGCGUGUCUAUUCUACGAAGCAACAAUCCCCGCGAUGGCUGGAAGCCUAUCAGCUGGUCCCAAAUCGCCAAUGCCGUCAAUUAUGCAGCACAUAUGAUUAUUAUGCAGGCCGGCCACCCAGUACCUGGCACAUUCCCUACAGUGGCCUACAUCGGCCUGGAGGACCCACGUUACCUCGCCUUCGUGAUCGGUGCUAUCAAGGCGGGCUAUAAAGCCCUACUCAUCUCACCUCGCAACUCGGUAGAGGCACAGCUAAACUUGUUUGUUCAAACGAAAUGCAGUAUAUUAUUCCAUGAACAGCAGUACGCGCCGAUGGUACAGCCAUGGGUGGAUUCCAAGCCGGGAAUGAAGAGUGUGGCUGUAGCUCCAUUUAAGGAAUGGGUUGCUGAUGGAGUGACAUCGGUUCCAUACAGCAAAACCUUUUCCGAGGCAGAGUGGGACCCCUUUCUGGGUAUGGUCGCUAUGUAUGAUCUUCAUCGUUAUAUACCAGCACGCAACGGCAGCUUGACUUUCCUUCCGACAUGGACUAACUUUCCUAAUACACGCCAUCUGCUUAUAAUGCCAUUGUUUCCUGCUGCAGGUAUUAUUAUGUCGACAGUGUUCGAAUUUUACUACAACGCUCCGAUCAUGUUUCGGGAGCCCUCCCGACCUAUAACGGGCGAUAAUAUACUCGAGUGGUUGCAACACAGCAGCCCUGGGUGGACGAUAAUACCGCCGGCUAUUUUAGAUCACAUGUCUCGCUCACAAGAGGCAAUUGAUGAACUAAAAAAGCUGCACAUCGUGGGUUUUGGAGGAGGUAAAAAGCCUUUCGCGGCACAACUCGGUGCUAGAUAUUGGGCUAACCUGAAUACUAUCUUCCCAGGCUCUAUUUCCCCGGAAACACCUAAUCGACUGGUGCAACAUGGUAUUAAAUUGGUGAACAUUAUUGCAACUACAGAGUGUGCUUUCUUUCCUUGUUAUUCUCAGUCGGACGUCGCCAUGUGGCAGUGGUUCAUCUUUCCUAGUGAUUUAAUGGGCAUUGAGUGGCGGUUAGUCGGAGAGAAUACAUACGAGCAGGUCAUAAUGCGCAAGGAUAAGCACCCCGGGCUACAGAGUUGCUUUUACACCUUUCCCGAGCUGGACGAGUUUAGCACCAAAGACCUGUACCAGCCACAUCCAACCCUGGCAGACCACUGGACAUACAUCGGAAGAGCUGACGAUAUUAUUGUCUUCUCCACGGGAGAGAAGCUCAACCCUGUCUCCAUUGAAAUGGCUGUUACGGGUCACCCGGAGGUAGUUGGCGCCCAGGUCGUUGGCAGUAAGCAGUUUCAUGCCGCACUAAUCGCUGAGCCAGCGCAAUAUCCCAAGAGCGAGGAAGAAAAGAAGCUGUUUCUUGAUGGUAUUUGGCCAACUAUUGAGAGUGUUAAUGCCGAAACAGUUGCACAUGAUCGUAUCUCUCGCGACUAUGUCUUUUUAACGGAUCCAAAAAGACCAUUUCCCGUGCAGGCAAAGUGUGUGUUCCAAGGUGAUGAGCUGGGCGCAAAUGACGAUUUAUUUACCGUGGGGAUGGACUCGUUACAAGUAAUCCAGCUGUCGCGCACGUUGCGAGCAAGUCUGUUGAACGCGGGCGUUGAGCUUGGCGAGAAUGAGAUAGACCCGCGAGCUAUCUAUACUCAUCCAUCAGUCACGGAGCUAGCGAAGCAUAUCUUUGCUCUAGUUCAUGCAAUUCGUGACAAGGUAGAGCAGGGCGAAAAUUCAUGCUCAGGUGUGACGGUCGAUGACAAGGCCAUUUUCGAUGCACUCGUUAACAAUCCAUUCGCGACCUCCCAGUUGCAGCGCCCAACAAGCCAGCUCCGGCCAACAAAGGACAAGUAA